AUACCGUCAUGCCCCUGCAGCUUAUCAAUGGCUAACCGUGACCCACUCGUUCGAGGAGAAACAAAAGUCAACAACAAAACAAUCUGUAUUGAUAUUUUGAUUUCAGAAAGUAUGGAACCCAAUGGAAUGGUAUGUUGUUAUGACAAAGAAUCGGAACAAUGGACAGGUGAAAUCCCAUAUGCCGGUGGACUUUAUGCCUUCCAUCCGGAUUUCAGCAUGCAACAGCAUAUUAGAGAGGAUGUUGAACCAAAAACGACGUGCUGUGAAAAGUCAAAUUACUGUCAUUUAUACUACAAGUUACGGCCUAUCGGGACUUGCUAUAAGGAAACCUGGUUUGACUUCGCUGUUUCAUGGGGAGAUCCUCACAUACUAACGCUAGAUGGGAAAAGAUACAUUUUCAACGGCCUCGGGGAGUACACGUUAUUGACUUAUAAACAUGGCGGGGAGGAGUUUAGCCUUCAGGCGAGGACAGAACGGGCAAUAAAAGCCAAUGGUCAACUUUCUGACGCGACCUUGUUUAGUGUAUUUGCAGCAUUUGAUAGCUAUAACUCAUCCGUGCAUGUCGAAGUAAAUAAUGACAAUGAAGGGUUUCUUGCUAUCGUGAACAAGAUUGAUGUUACACAAGAUAUUCAAAAGAAGAAUAGUUCCCACUUGUUCUCAGACAGCAAACACAUGUUUGUUAAAAAAUAUACUAGUGAAACAAAAACUACAGAUGCUUCGAUAGAAGUUUCAUUCCUUUCUGCAGGAGUGACACUGAAUAUAACAGCCAGAAAUGGAAUGCUGUCAUUAAGUACCAUUGUAAAAACAGCAUUACACGGACGUGUGCGAGGCCUUUUGGGAAAUUUUGACGGAAAUCCUGACAACGAUUUUAUCACACCUGACAACCUAACGCUAGAUCCGAACAUGAAUGAGUCGGAAAUAUUCGAUUUUGGUAAAACAUGGGAAAUCGAUGCCUCUCGCUCUGCGUUUAGGUACCCACAAAAGAAAAAUCACAGCAGCUUCCAAAACAAUUCGUUCGUUCCUCGAUUUCUUGACACAGUUGCAAAUGAAACACUUGAUGCAGCGAAAGCGACAUGCGGUGGAUCCGAGGACCUAGCGUGUAUUUUUGACCAAGUGUUCACAGAAAAUGAGAAUAUAUCCAGACAGACACUAGAAAUAACAAAUGCAUCCCAAGCAACGGAAGUGGAACUCAGUGUCAACUGCGAAAGCGACUUUGACGGCUGUGCAUCAAAUCCAUGCUCAGGAGGGAGAAACUGUACCGAUAUUCCCGCCUCGAAUCAUACCAUUGCGGGGCUAGCAUUUCGCUGCAGUAGUUGCCCCGAUGGCUUUAAUGACGACGGUAUCAAAUGCCAAGAUAUUGAUGAAUGUACAGGUAACAGUAGCCUGUGUGAACAAAAAUGCAUUAACAUAGAAGGCAGCUACACGUGCGUUUGCCAAGAAGGAUAUAGAAUAAGUAGAACGGAAUGCACUGAUCCAUGUUCUGGCGUGAGCCUUGACUGUUCACAGGCCGACGGGUGCACUCUUGAUGAAGAAAAUGAAGCAACUUGUUUCUGUAAUGAUGGUUAUGAGCUUAGAGAAAACUCAAAUAUCUGUACAGAUAUAGACGAGUGUACACGAAAUGUGUGUCCACAAGAAUGUAAAAAUUCCAAUGGUUCUUACACGUGUAUAUGCUAUCCUGGAUUUAAGUUGCAUGGUACUAAAGAAUGUAUCGAAUGUUCUUUACCAUUUUAUGGAUACAACUGCGAGAAGAUAUGCCGCUGUUCGUCUCGGGGAACGAUACAGUGUCAUUCAGUAAAAGGAUGCGUCUGUCAAGAAGGAUGGACGGGUGAAACGUGUGAUGACGAUAUCGAUGAGUGUUUAUAUGAUAUCAAUCCAUGCAGCGAUACCUACAAACGCUGUGUAAAUACAGAUGGUGCAUUUCGAUGUGAUUGUAUGGACGGAUUUGAAGAAACCCGAGAGGGACUCUGUAAAGUUGCGGAUCCAUGUCGUUCAUUCGGCAAUCUUAACUGUUCUAAUAUAUGUGUGGUCGAUGAUACAUGUACUGCGAAAUGUACCUGCCCUAAUGGAUAUGAACUGAAUGAUGAUGCUCAAACGUGUAACGAUACUAAUGAAUGUUUACAUGAGGAAUUGAAUAAAUGCAGACCUAACAACACAUGCGAAAAUACUGCGGGAUCGUACAAAUGCGAUUGCGAAGAUGGCUUUAAACUUUCUAAUGAUGGACGUACUUGUGAAGGAUGCAACUGCACUGAAGGCUGGUCUGGGGGAAACUGUGAUGCUGAUUUAGAUGAAUGUAGCCCUCCUGAUGCAUACAGUUGCCCUGGGAAUGCUAAAUGUGUAAACACACUUGGAAGCUUCAUUUGCAAGUGUUUCACCGGUUACACACUAGAAAAUGGGACCUGUACAAAUAUUGAUGAAUGUCUGAAUCCAUCACUUAACGACUGUGAUCAAAAAUGCGCUGAUACUCCUGGGAAUUACGAGUGCAAAUGUCAUGAAGGUUACAACUGGACCUCAUCAGUCUUGGCAUGUACAGAUAUUGAUGAAUGUAGUAAGGACCCAGGCAAGUGUGAGCAAAAUUGUCAGAACACUGUUGGUAGCUACGUAUGUUCCUGUAUAGAAGGGUUUUCGCUGGACUUGACUGACAGACAGAGUUGCAUAGUUGUAUCUAAAUGUAAUGACACUGAAAAGAGUUUGUGCCAGAACAACUCACAGUGUGUUAAACAGGGUAAUGACUCUAAAUGCUACUGCAAGAAAGGAUUUUCGACGAAAGAAAAUAACGAAUGCAUUGAUAUCAAUGAAUGCGAUGGAAAAUCUUAUCCCUGUGAUCACUUUUGUAAAAAUACACAAGGAAGCUAUGAUUGUAUGUGCAAAGAUGGGUAUUUCCUCAAAGAAGAUAAAAGAUCGUGCGAGGAAUGUAAACAAGGAUAUUUCGGAUCAAACUGUACUUCAAAAUGUCUUUGUGAAAUGGAAAACACCGCAUCGUGCGACACUCUAAAUGGCAAUUGUUAUUGUCUAAAUGGUUGGGCAGGACAUAAUUGCACCUUGGACGUAGAUGAAUGUUCCUCGGAAAGCAUGUAUACAUGUCCUGAACAUUCGUUAUGUUUUAAUACUAAUGGAAGUUACGGAUGUACCUGCAACAAUGGGUUUCAGAAACUUGAAAAUGGCACUUGCAAAAGGUGUGAUAACUAUCAUUUUGGUUAUGGAUGCCUACAAACUUGUGCAUGUUUCGAGAAUGAAACUCAGUUUUCAUGUGGGAAUCUGGAUGGUGUAUGCGGAUGCAAACCGGGGUUCGGACGUGAAAACAUUUCCGAUGCUUGUUCACGUUGCACAAACAACACCUACGGUAUCGACUGCACGGAGAAAUGCAAUUGUAAUCUGACAAACAGCGCAAAUGUUCUCCGGUUAUGCAACGAAGCAAAUGGCACCUGC